CUUACAUCGCUGUGCACUUUUGCUUCGUUUAUCUCCUGGUCCUCAUCACGUGGUCUUUAGAAGUUCGAGAUCACCUAUGGUGUCUCGUCCUUCGUCCUCUCUUUCGUGAACUGCAUCUCCACGUACCUGUUUGUCCUUGAAGACGUCCACUCGCUUAUAGCUGCGCAGUCACUUGACUUGCUGCGGCGUCCAUUCGUUUACUAUAAUGUCUUUCUCCGUUCUUUCCUUGUUUCUUUCGGCGCUCGCUACCACAAUCAUGGCGCAGACCAGCGUCACCUCGGCCUCCGGAUCUUCAGCAUCAGGAUAUCCCACCGCGGACAACUUCACAGCAUGCCCGUCCUCGGUGGACUCGUUAUGUACCUACCAGGGCCAGACAACCUUCUGUUACGAUGCCACUUCCUUGCUCUACACCAUUACCUGCGGAAUGUCUUUUCAAGGGACCGUCAUGGAAGCAAACAGCGCUGCGGAUGAAGGGGAGGCGGACGUAGCGAAGAGAGACUACUUCAGCAGCCCAUAUGUGACCUUGGCAGAUUGUCAGAGCGCCUGCGAUUCACGAGCAACAUGCGAGGCCGUCAACGUACUGGAUGGCGCAAGCUGUCAGAUUAUGGAUACAAUUACUGGCAUCAACACGAGUGCGCCUGGCGUAGUCGCUGCGUAUAAGGGAUACUGGGGAUACAACACCACAAUCCUUGGAGCUUACAACGAUACCAACUCCACGGCGUACAAUCUCACACUUCCAAUGGAUCUCAACUCAACCUCAAGCGAGUCACCCAACAGUACGGAGCCCAGUUCAAGCGACGGCACCACCUCAGACAACACCACUCCAACUGACAUCUCUCCGGAAGACACCUCAGUCUCUUCGGACGACACUUCCGACGCUUCCGAUGAUAUCUCAGAUUCAGAAGACGACGAUUCAGAGGCUUCUGACGAUAGUUCAGACCCUUCAGACACCGCUGAUUCAACAAUUUCCGACGAGGCAUCGGGUGAUAGCUCAGAUCCGGCGAACACGUCUGAUGACAAUGUACCUUUGGCCACAGUAAACGCGACUUAUGCCGCUAUCAACGUCACUUCCGCGUCAGUUGACUCUGACACCGCGCCAACCACGACCAACCCGGCUUACGUUCCUUCGGGUGUCAGUGCUACUCUUGGAUUCGGUUUUACGACAGUGAUGCCCCUCGGCGCCGCUGGAACCGGGUUGGCGACGGAUGCGUCCCUUACAACGCCGCCGCAGGACUUCCCUGCACCCAGUGCCUUUCCGGCGUGCAAUUCUGUUCAGUGUUCGCUACUUGGUACUCCGUCAACGCCUUUCUGUCACGACCCCACGGUGCACCUGUAUACGAUCAACUGCGGUUUGAUCUUUCAGGGCCAGACAAUGCUUACGAUCCCGAACUGGCAAGCUGAUUUGGACAACUGUGCAGAUACCUGCGACAUUGUCGAGAACUGUCAAGCUGUGAACUUCAACACCGCCAAUUUCUCCUGUACAUUGGUAACCGGCGUCACGGGCAUCGAUUUCGCCCCGCAGUUCAUCGGGGCGUGGCAGGGUUACUGGGCGCAACAGACGUACGGUGGUGCUAGUAGCGGCGUUGCACCGACUGGAACCGCACCUUCGCCAUCAUAUGGCACGUCUGGUCCAACCAUCAGCAGUGCCAACGCUACCACCAAUGCCACUAUCACAUCAACAACCGCUAGUCAAUCGGCCAAUGCUUCGGCCGAGUCCUUUUCUGCUCUGGUUUCUGGUUCGGCGACGGUCAGCUCGAAUGCUACGGCUACAAUAACCACGGCGCCUAUUCGGACGGGUGCCACCAACAUUGUGUGCCCGUCCCUUGAUGGCGACAAUUACUCCAAUGAUGGUAACACCACCUACGUGAUCAACUGCGAUCAAACAUACGAAAUUGACGGGAUAGUCCUUGAUACCCUGUCGAUUUUGAAGAAGCGUUCCGACGCUGUCACCUCAUGCAUGGCAUCCUGCGACAGCAACGCUCAGUGUGUAGCUCUUACUGUGGCGGGAAUUGAAUGCACACUGUUCAGCUCAGUUGUUGGCCUUGUCGGGAACGUUGGGUCGACUUCAGCCUUGAAGGUCGUGAGUCUCGCACUCAACACCACCGUAAGCUCUGAGUCGACCAGUGCCACUAGUACGGUUUCUUCCGCGCCCUCCAUCAUGGCAAACAGUACCGUCUUGAGCCGUCCUACGGGCGGUAUUUCGCCGCUUACGAACAACACAGUGCCAUUCUGUGCCGAGACCAGCUGCCUUAACAGCACUGGGGUACCAAAUUACUGUACAGACUCGGCUAACCAGCUGUAUACCGUAAACUGCGGCAUGUACUUCCAGGGCACUGUGGCCUCGGUCGCAAACGUAAGCUUGAGUCUCGACGCUUGUUUGGCUUACUGCGACUCAGUACCUCAAUGCUUGGCUGUUAACUGGGAUGGUACACAGUGCUCGGCCGUGAGCGUCGUGACUGGCAUCGGGUACUCUGCGAAUUGGACGGGUGCUUGGGUCGGGUAUUGGGCAACGCCAACGCAAGCUCCGGUCAACAGUUCGAGCGCCAACAGCACGAUACCUCGUCCUAUGGUGACUGCCGUUAGCGCCUACCCGACGCAGUCUGCCGACAAUGGCACCAUGCCAUCUGCGACUGGUAUUGAAGCUAGUGUAUCGCCAAGCCCAUCUGCGAACUCGACUAUGUCUACGAUAUCGACAUCGUCGAGCCCCCUUUCAACUGGCUCCACAAGCCCGUCAAGCAAUACGUCUUCGCUUUGCUCAGCAGACUGCAGCUUGGAAACCUGCACGGACCAGAGUGGUCAGCUCUACACACUAACGUGCGGUAGUGCGUACACGGGCACCUUCAUAAUCACCGCAUCAAAGCGCGAUUCGAGCUCACCGUCUCUCCUUGACUGCGAGGCGACUUGUGGUGGGAUGGAUGAUUGUAUCGCUCUCAACUACAACACGCAGUGCUCCUAUCUCUCUGCCGUAACUGGGAUUGAGGAUGUGGCAGGAUCUGUCGCUGUCUACAAGGGCAAAGCUCCACUGGUGUCGACCACAACUGGCUCUGCCUUGAUAACAAGCAGCACUGCCACAACAUCAACCUCGACCGCUUCAUCUCCCACAAAUGGCACCUCAAUCGAAAAUGCCACCUCAGUUGCAACACCCACGAGCUCUGGAUCCAACAAUACAUCGGGCUCGGCAAAACCAACUGGUGCUUUCAACCCUCCAGUCAAUCAGUCAUCAAUAUGCUCAGCAACAGACUGUGUCGCUACCUUCCAGCAGGGUUUCUGCGAGGACGAAAGCGGCUUCGUCUACACAUCAACAUGUGGCAUCGCCUUUACAGGGUCUAUCCUCCUCAACCAGACCGCCUCAACCAUGAACAAGUGCCAGACGAUUUGCGAUGAGAGCAACUCAUGUGUCGCAAUGAACUACGCAUUCGGUCUCUGUGUCUAUCUCUCGUCCGUGACUGGGGUAGAGCAAGUCAACAAUUCAUUGGCGCUUUGGAAGGGUUUGUGGUACGGAGCAGCUCCCAGCAAUGACUCCGCCGGCAAUCGUACCACUGGUGACUUUAUGCCCCCCGAAUCCCCCUCGUCAACAGCUCCCGCUACAGUGGCAAAGGUGGAUACGACGUCGUCCUCAACUCUUGGAGAUUCAACCAGCAGCGCCAACCAGACAGCGCUCGUCUACACUGGCACCGCGACUGUCUCCAGCUCGACAAGCACAGACUCAGCGACGAGCAGUACAUCGACUGCCUCAGCCUCCGCUGCACCCACAUCCAAUGCAACGUGCUCAUCCGUAAGCUGCGUCACGCCCUACCAGCAAUCCUUCUGUCAGGACGACUGGAAUACGACAUACACUAUCACAUGUGGUACGGCUUUCGAAGGCACACUCUUGCCAGGGCUGUCGGUUGGUCGCAGAGAUACAUUGUCGCUUUCGGAUUGUCAAAUCGCUUGCGAUGUGCAAAAGUCCUGCGUUGCGCUCAACUAUGAUGGAACUGAUUGCGUCUAUCUCUCCAGUGUUUCAGGCCUCGAGCAGAGGAACGGCUCCGUGGCUGCUUGGAAAGGGCUCUGGGUUGGUGGCGCCCCGGGUAAUCAAAGCAGCUACAACAAUGACACGGUGACGGUUCUGCCAUUCCCGCCAAACGUCACACUGCCGUCUGGAGAUUUUGCUGUCCUGUCGGUCAACAUCACCGCAAUCCCAACUGCACCGACCAAAACAAAUAGCUCUUCAAGCACGGUUUCGAGCCUGCUUACCACGAGCACAUCUACUGCAGGCAACAGCAGCUCCAGUACUUCGAACUCGACGGCAUCAUCUUGUGCAUCAUUGGCCUGCAUUGCACCUUACCAGCAAACUCUAUGCCAAGACUCGAACAACAUCACGUACAACGUCACGUGCGGUGUUUCAUUGCUGGGUACUUUCAUCACCACUGGAUUGGUGCGUAGAGGCUCGUCACUUCUGGACUGCGAAACAACUUGCGACAUCUAUGAUGACUGUGCCGGUCUUAACUUUGACGGCACGUCUUGUGCGCUCCUCUCAUCAAUAACAGGCACGGAGGAAGAUGCUGGCUCGGUUGCUGCAAUUAAGUCAUCGUCUUCGCCAUCGCCAAGCACCUCUUCGACCACUAGCAGUAUUACCGCUGCUACUGCCACAGCUGCGACCUCUGCAGCGUUGCCAAGCUCAUCUGCCGGCCCAACAGGCACCGAUUCAUCCUCGUCCUCUUCUGCAGGUCCUGGUAGCGUUUCAAGCUCUGCAACGUCGACGAGCAGCUCUUCCGCGCCGCUUACGACGGGUAACGCAGGGUACACUGCUGCUGCUAACAGCUCGUUCUCGGCGCCUUCGUGCGACGUACCAGCUGUUACAACUUGCGCUGCUGGUCAAGGUCUGGGAGCCAGCACCUUCUGCAACGAUGCACGCAAUCGAACAUUCACUGUGACAUGCGGUAUUGCAUUCGUAGGCGAGACGACCUCCAACACUGUCGCCCCAUCCCUCUCCGAAUGCGAGGGUCAGUGCAACUCAGCCGCAGGCUGCGUGGCUGUCAACUUCGCCAACGGAACGUCGUGUAGCCUCCUUGACUCUAUCUCCAGUGUAGCAGACGCACCUGGCUCGUUCGCGGCAUAUCUGGGUCUGUGGAUCGGCGCAGCGCCGAGCUCCAACUACACUUCCAAUUACACUACUGGCGGCAACGAGACCUAUGGUGGUGGCAACUACUCGUUCCCGGUCAUACCUGGUCGUAACUCGACAAUUGAUCCAAACGUUCCUGCCGGCAAUGCCUCCGACCCCACUGCAAGCCAAAGUCCGUCAACGAACUCGUCAGACCUGUCAACGACAGUGUCAACUGCUAGCAGCUCUCUGGCUGCUGCAUUUUCAGACUCUUUGUCACCGUCUCAGACUGAGACAGUGCCUGCUGCCAGCUCACCCACCUCAGCUAGCUCGACAACAAGCAGCCCGACCGCAGGUGCGACGCAAACCGGGUCUGUCGCGUCGAAUGCGUCAUAUCCUCUGUGCUCGAGCGACUGCAGCACGUCGAACGGAACCAGUUACUGCUCGAGCAAUCUUGGGACGACUUACUCAGUCAACUGUGGCUUUGCUUACAGUGGAACGGUAGUUAGCCAGGCCAUCUCCAAGAGGCAGUCUGCGGCGUCGAGCUUACUGGACUGUGAGACUGCGUGUGACGCUGGGCAGUCGGACUGCGUUGCUUUGAAUUUUGCCCACAGCACCUGCACUCUUUUCAGCACUAUCACCGAAAUAAGCAGCGCUGAUGGCUCCAUUGCCGCUUACAAGGGAUAUUCGUCCGGAAACAAUGCAGUGAACAGUACAAGCGGCGGCAAUGGCACCGACAGUUCAGCGUCCACCAACUCAGUGUCCAACGUGGCAUCAAUAACGGCCAUUCUACCGUCACAGUCUGUCAUCUCUGCAAGCGUACAGUCAUCGUCGAACGCGAGUCCUUCGGCGGGGUCUUCCGUUUCGACGAUAUUAUCAUCAACCAGGAGCAGUUCGAGCACAAUCACUUCGAGCGCCACCAGCAGCCGUGUUUCAAGCGGCUCUGGCACACAGGGUUCGACUGCAUCGAGCUCACGUACCUCUACCGCAUCCUCAAGUCGCCUAUCGAGCGCUUCUAGUAGCCGCUGGCCUAGUUCUUCCUGGUCCAGCCGCACUAGUUCAUCAACGGCCCUCACCAAUAGCCGCGCGACGUCAACGUCAAGCAGAAUCUCAACAACCACUUCUUCGCAGAAGAGCUCCAGCAGUGCAACAGCGACUGGCAGCUCGUCGAAGACGACAACUAGCAGCGCUUCGCGCUCGCCUAGCGGCAACCUCUCCAGUACGGCGAGCCGUACCACCUCAGCAUCUGUACUUCCGUCCAGCACGCUUGGCGGUUCAUCUGGGCAAACCAUCCUAUCACCAGCAUCGUCCUCAGGAUUAUCGUCUCCUCAGUCAAGCAGCGCCGAUCCUGGCGUGAGCUCAAUGACUGCGGGCACCGCUACAUCGACGGCCACGAGCGGAACUACCUCAAGCCGGACAAUGUCCAACACAGGUUCUGCAUCGAGUGCCACAAUUACCUCAGCUACAAAACCCAGCUCCGCCACUACGCUAACAACGUCGACGCGCUCGAGAACAACGACCCAAGUCAAGCAAGCAACGUCGACGGCUCAGCCAGUAGACUCCGCAACAAUGAUCUCGCAAUGGAUGAAAUGGAUUCAGCUAGAAUGGAACAUCGCGGAAGAGAAGGUGAAAGAAGGCAUAUACCCCAAGCCUCCGUCAAUGAAUGCCAAAUACACAAGCAAGUUAGGUCACCCUCUCGUCUGAAGGUACGCCAUGGCUUCCUGACGGCGGGCGAAGCUAAUGGAUUGAGUACCAACAUGAAUCGGCCUCGGUUUCUUUGAUAGAGCGUUCAGCGUAUAGCGACUGUGUACUUUCGCUCAAAAACAUACACAUUUAAUGUACCUUGCCACGAAGUCAAUGUUUCUCACAUUUUCCGGGGAUCCUGUAGCUUUUUGACUGAGGCUUCUGGCGAAUGUUUAGCCGCUUGGCAG